AUGGGGACGCAGGGGCUGGGGAUAACUUUUCUGACUUUGCCUCUCGUCGUACGAGCAGCCGCAGGAGGGCAGUGGUGUUACGACUCACAGGACCCCAAAUGCGUGAUGUUGAGCCUGGAGAGCGAGUCGGCCUCUGAGCACAUCACCAUCAGUGGCGGGGGCCUCCCCGGCAGGUACCGGGCACUGCAGCUCCACUUCCACUGGGGCAGCCCAGCCGGCAACGGCUCCGAGCACACCCUCGACGGGCGCCAGCUCCCCAUGGAGCUGCACAUCGUCCACAUCAAUGUCAAGUACCGGACGCUGGCAGAGGCCAAGGGGCAUCCCAACGGCCUGGCCGUCCUCGGCUUCUUCUUCCAGGUCUCUGAAACCCCUAACACCAACUACAACACCAUCGUGGCGGGGCUGAGGAAUGUCUCCCACGCUGGGGACUCUGUGGAUUUGGCCUCUACCUUCCGCCUGAGCACCCUGCUGCCGCGUGCCAGUCGCCUCUCUGGGUACUACCGCUACCAGGGCUCCCUCACCACCCCCGACUGCAGCGAGGUCGUCGUCUGGACCGUCUUCGAGGAGCCAGUGGAGAUCGGACGGGAGCAGUUGUGGGCGUUCGUCAGCACCCUCCACUUCCCGGCCACCAGCUCCACGCUCCUAAAAAUGACCAACAACUUCCGCCCGCCGCAGCCCCUCCACAGCCGGAAGGUCUUUGCCUCCAGGGCGGCCACGGCCGGCAGCGGGUCCCUGCAUGGGGGUCACCACCAGCUCCUCUCCCCCCUGCUCCUCCUGGCCCUGCUUGGCCCCUUCUCGCCAACCCCGUAA